GGAAGAAGAGGGAAAGAAUUAUAUGACCUUGCUCCCCCAUUCAUUUUUCUAUAAAUACACUACUCCGCCAUUACCACUCUCAACUUCUCAUCUCAUUUUCUCCCUCCUUCGACUUGGGAAAAAGAAAGGGGAAAAAAAAAAAUUACUCUCGAAUCACCGGCGAAGAGAAAAAUGCCGGCGGCAGGGAUCGCUCCCGGUGGCUCCGGGAAGGAGUACCCGGGGAACCUCACCCCUUUCGUCACCGUCACUUGCGUCGUCGCCGCCAUGGGCGGGCUCAUCUUCGGCUACGACAUCGGAAUUUCCGGUGGGGUGACGUCGAUGGAUUCCUUCCUGCUCAAAUUCUUCCCGUCGGUGUACCGGAAGAAGCACGCCGACGACACCGUCAACCAGUACUGCCAGUACGACAGCCAGACGCUCACCAUGUUCACCUCGUCGCUCUACCUCGCCGCUCUCCUCUCGUCGAUCGUCGCCAGCACCGUCACCAGGGUCUUCGGCCGGAAGCUCUCCAUGCUCUUCGGCGGUUUGCUUUUCUUCGCCGGAGCCCUGGUCAACGGCUUCGCCCAGGCCGUCUGGAUGCUCAUCCUCGGCCGCAUCCUCCUCGGUUUUGGCAUCGGCUUCGCCAAUCAGUCGGUGCCGCUCUACUUGUCGGAGAUGGCGCCCUACAGAUACAGGGGAUCCCUGAACAUCGGCUUCCAGCUCUCCAUCACCGUCGGCAUCCUCGUCGCGAACGUCCUCAACUUCUUCUUCAACAAGAUCAAGGGAGGCUGGGGAUGGCGCCUCAGCCUGGGAGGCGCCAUGGUCCCAGCCCUGAUCAUCACAAUCGGCUCCCUCGUCCUGCCCGACACCCCGAACUCGAUGAUCGAGCGCGGGCAGACCGAGGAGGCCAAGACGAAGCUCCAGCGCAUCCGCGGCGUCGAGGACGUCGACGAGGAGUUCGACGACCUCGUCGCCGCCAGCGCGCAGUCCAAGCUCGUCGAGCACCCCUGGACCAACCUGCUGCAGAGGAAGUACAGGCCGCAUCUCGCCAUGGCCGUCUGCAUCCCCUUUUUUCAGCAGCUGACCGGAAUCAAUGUGAUCAUGUUCUACGCGCCCGUGUUGUUCAACAGCAUCGGAUUCGGCGACGAUGCCGCGCUUAUGUCGGCGGUGAUCACCGGAAUUGUGAAUGUUUGUGCCACCAUGGUGUCGAUUUACGGUGUGGAUAAGUGGGGGAGGAGGUUUUUGUUCCUCGAAGGUGGUGUUCAGAUGUUGAUUUGUCAGGUUGUGGUGGCGGCGUGCAUCGGGGCGAAAUUCGGAAUCGACGGAAACCCAGGGGAUCUGCCGAAGUGGUACUCGAUCAUCGUCGUGCUGUUCAUAUGCAUCUACGUGGCGGGUUUCGCGUGGUCGUGGGGCCCGUUGGGGUGGCUGGUGCCGAGUGAGAUCUUCCCGUUGGAGAUCCGAUCGGCAGCGCAGAGUGUGAAUGUGUCGGUGAACAUGAUCUUCACGUUCGCGGUGGCGCAGAUUUUCCUGAUGAUGCUCUGUCAUUUGAAGUUCGGGUUGUUCCUGUUCUUCGCGUUCUUCGUGGUGGUGAUGUCGAUUUUCGUCUACUUCUUCUUGCCGGAGACGAAGGGGAUUCCGAUCGAGGAGAUGGGGCAGGUGUGGAGGUCGCACUGGUACUGGUCGAGGUUCGUGGAGGCGGAGGCAGGGCAUGGGAAUGGGAAUAUGGAGAUGGCUGCGAAAGUUGUAUGAUUGUGGUUUGAAUGGGAUUGAUGGGGAAUUGAGGGACUGAUUGUGAAAUUUGGAUCUAUAUACUUUGCUUUUUUUGGAGGGUUUUGAAGGGGAUGUACUUGGGUUUGAAUUUGGUUUAGUAGUGGUACAUAAAUUGUAUUUGACUUUCAAGAUGAAUGCAAAAUACCUAUUUUGGAAAGUGAGAUUUUCUAAGAUUUGGGGAGAAUUUGAGGAAAUUUUCAAUAUGGUAUCUUUCCUUUUCAUCAAUGUGGUGUGAUAUGAGAGUGUUUAUAUUAUAAUUUUACACAUCAAAUGAUUGUUAUGAGAUGCUUAUUUUGUAAUUGGUUAUUUUAUACUUUAAUUUUUUUUACAAUCGGGAGAUUAAAUUUAAAC